GCCAAGUCCUGCCCGGGGCCCGGAGGCUGCCGGGAAAAGGAGGCCCCCCCUGAGGCCGGUUCUGCUCGGGGCCCAGAGGCUGCCGGGAAGAGGCCAAGUCCUGCUCAGGGCCCGGAGGCUGCCGGGAAAAGGAAGCCCCCACUGAGGCCGGUCCUGCCCGGGGCCCAGAGGCUGCCGGGAAGAGGCCAAGUGCUGCCCAAGGCCCGGAGGCUGCCGGGAAAAGGAGGCCCCCGCUGAGGCCGGUCCUGCCCGGGGCCCUGAGGCUGCCGGGAAAAGGAGGCCCCACACUGAGACCGGUCCUGCUCGGGGCCCAGAGGCUGCCGGGAAGAGGCCAAGUCCUGCUCAGGGCCCGGAGGCUGCCGGGAAAAGGAGGCCCCACCUGAGGCCGCUCCUGCCCGGGGCCCAGAGGCUGCCGGGAAGAGGCCAAGUCCUGUUCAGGGCCCGGAGGCUGCCGGGAAAAGGAAGCCCCCACUGAGGCCGGUCCUGCCCGGGGCCCAGAGGCUGCCGGGAAGAGGCCAAGUGCUGCCCAAGGCCCGGAGGCUGCCGGGAAAAGGAGGCCCCCGCUGAGGCCGGUCCUGCCCGGGGCCCUGAGGCUGCCAAGUCCUGCUCGGGGCCCGGAGGCUGCCGGGAAAAGGAGGCCCCACACUGAGACCGGUCCUGCUCGGGGCCCAGAGGCUGCCGGGAAGAGGCCAAGUCCUGCUCAGGGCCCGGAGGCUGCCGGGAAAAGGAGGCCCGCGCUGAGGCCGGUCCUGCCCGGGGCCCAGAGGCUGCCGGGAAAAGGAGGCCAAGUCCUGCCCGGGUCCCGGAGGCUGCCGGGAAAAGGAGGCCGGUCCCGCCCGGGUCCCGGAGGCUGCCGGGGAAAGGAGGCCCACCCGGCGGCCGGAAGAUGCUGCUGUCCCUGGUGCUCCACACGUACUCCAUGCGCUACGUCCUGCCCGCCGCCGUCAUGAUGGGCACGGCCCCCACCUACAUCCUGGCCUGGGCCGCCUGGCGCCUCCUGGCCGCCCUCUUCCCCACCUCCCGCCUCUACCAGGAGGUGGACGACCGCCUCUACACCAUCUACCAGAGCAUGGUGCUCUUCUUCUUCGAGAACUACACCGGCGUGCAGAUAAUAAUAUAUGGGGAUUUGCCAAAAAAUAAAGAAAAUAUCAUAUAUUUAUCAAAUCAUCAGUGCACAGUUGACUGGAUCGUUGCUGACAUUUUGGCGGUCAGGCAGAAUGCUCUUGGACACGUACGCUAUGUUCUGAAAGACGGCUUAAAAUGGCUCCCAUUGUAUGGGUGGUAUUUUUCUCAGCAUGGAGGGAUUUAUGUAAAGCGAAGUGCCAAAUUCAAUGAAAAAGAAAUGAAAAAUAAGCUGCAGGCCCAAGUGAAAGCAGGAACUCCAAUGUAUCUUGUGAUUUUUCCAGAAGGAACACGGUACAAUCCAGAGCUACCGAAAGUAAUUGCAGAUAGUCAGUCAUUUGCUUCUAAAGCAGGUCUGUCAGUGUUAAAACAUGUUUUAACACCACGCGUAAAGGCAACACAUGUUGCGAUUGACUCCAUGAAGAAUUAUUUAGAUGCAGUGUAUGAUGUCACUGUAGCAUAUGAAGGUACCGUGGACCAUAAGGGACAAAGGAAAGUAGCACCGUCCAUGACUGAAUUCCUGUGCAAAGAGUGUCCCAAAGUUCAUAUUCACAUCGAUCGCAUAGACCUGAAAGAUAUUCCAGAAGAACAGAUGUAUAUGAAGAGAUGGCUUCACGAACGCUUUGAAAUCAAGGAUAAGUUGCUUAUAGAGUUUUAUGACGCAAAGGAUUCCCAAAGGAGAAACAAGUUUCCUGGAAAGUGUGUUCACUCCAAACUGAGCCUCAAGAAAACUUUGCCAUCCUUAUUGUUCUUAGGCGGCCUGACUGCUAGCAUGCUUCUGACCGAGUCGGGAAGGAAACUGUAUGUGAGAACGUGGAUAUAUGGAACAUUAAUCGGCUGCCUGUGGGUUAGUAUCAAAGCCUGAGCAGACGCUGACUCGAAUCGGUGGGACGGGGCUACCCCGGCCCUUGGAGGCUGCGCGGGACAGCGGACUGGCUCCCGGGUGCGGAAAGAAGUGUAAAUAAAGUCUUACCUGAUAGACCGUCGGAUUCCUUAGAAAUUGUGGCUUCGGCCUAUAUGUGAUUGGUUGGGAGCAAACGUAUGUAGUUUUACGUGUUUACUACUGAAUUCGCCGGCAAGGCGACCGACCCGUUCUCAGUUGGGUUACAUCGCACCCCCCCGUGAUCUGAUGCCCAUCUUAAAUAAGCCGCAGAAGGUUAGUGGAGGUUUAGAGCGUGGGAUUGGCCUGGGACUUAAAUGGACCAGGAAAUGCAUUUCCUGGUACUUCUUUAGGAUAACGAUCCUUCCCCCUGUUCCUCUUUAGUUUUUCCCUAAGUGGACCUUAGCCCAGCUUCUUUGUUCUUUCCAGUCAUAGGGGAGUUUUAUUUGGGGGUGUUCUCAGGGCAAUCGAAGAAAUCCGUGUGGAGAUCAGGAAAUGUUCCCCAAAAAGUUAACAAGAGAUAUUCACGGGGAAGAGGGGGUGUUUGUGUAUGUAGAGUAUGAUCUAUUGAUUAUAUUGCUUCAUUAGCUGAUUUGAUUAUCCCGUGUAAGCAAAACAUUUAAUUGUAACUUUAAUUUUCAUCGCAUCAGCAGCCUAUUUUGUGCACCCUGUAAUGUGCCUACAAGAAUGUGCAGAGCAAAAUGAAAAACACGUGACUUUGUGGGCUGAUCAGAUUGUGUUUAAGAUUGUUAAGCGAGCUAGAACUGUAGAAUUUAUGUGCCAUAAAUAGUAGAGCUGGUUGAAGUUUCACGUUACUUCAUGGUUAGCGGAACAACUGAGUGUGAUCUGAACAAAUGUCCCGGUACAGUUAUGGUUCAAGAUAGUCUGUUGGGAUAAGAAGGAAAAUUCAAAUGUUCUUACUACAUUUUGAAAGCAUUGUGCAUUUUGCCUACUAAUCUACGAUUUAGCCUAAUAUUUGGUUACGGUAUAAUUUUCAUGGUGUCACAGACUUCUUUUGGGUUCUAAUGCAUUUAAGUUGGGUUGAAUUUUGGGGUGUCAAUAUGUCUGGUUUGCACUGUAGAUUAAUAGUGAGAGAAAUGCACAUCCAGCCAGUAUUUGGCCUGCUUAAAAAUGAACUCUCUCAAGCCUUUGCGAGUGGGUUUCCGCUGCGACUGCCAACGCCUUUUAUAGUUAUCUCAUGUCAAGAAAUUCCAGUUCCCGGAGUCAGCGGGACCCUUAGCACCCCAAGACCAGAGGAAUGAUCUUGACCUAAUUCCGUUGGAAAAUCUCGACUCCCAACAUCAAAAUGCAAGAAUUAGAUUGCGUUUUAUCUCUCGCCUCUGAACCUUUUUUGGCGUAGCCUCUCUUGGGUUUAAUGUCAUCCGCAAGGCUAAAUAAACCACUGUGUAGCAAAUGAGGAAGAUAAGAAGCAGAACCGCUAAACUUUUGAAAUCCACAUAAUCUUCCGUUACCUAAGUUUAUGUCUUCAUCGGUUUCCCCGGGCGACCUUUAAACUCGCAAUUUGGUAUUUCUUGAAAAUGGAUUUCUUUUGUUACUGAAUUGCUGUCUCUACUAAGGCAACGAGACAUUAACUGAUCAUGGUGAACCAACUGAAAACUACUACAGGGAAUUCAGUCAAGGACAAUAUUGUCUUAAGUGUCUGACUCCAGAGUGAAACCCUUUUCAAGUAACAGCCUUAAAGAGCUCUGUGGUGAGCAAGUACUUCAGACAGUUUGUCUCUCCUGAAGGAGCAAAUAGAUGAAACCUGUAUCUUACGCCGUGAUGCCAAACCAUUGCAUUUAUUUUCAAAUAUGGAGUAGAAUUUGGAAUGAAUCCUCAAUGUCUUGAAUUACUAACCACUUUGGAAAGCAGCCCCCCCCAAAAUGGCAGGCAAGAGAAAGAAAAUAAAUGAAAAUUUUGCAGUGUAGCUUGAGCUGAAUAAUUAUAGGGGGUAUGCAGUAGGUUUAAAUUGUAAAAUACAUUCCUGUUGGAUUUAUGUGAACUCCAAGUAGUACAGAAUGGCAAAGCAGCCAGCUUGUUCUGACCUAGACUGUCACGCGUCUGACUACCCAAGCACACUUUCCACACAAAAAAACAACCCAAAACUGAUGAACAGAAGUUUAAAUUUGUUUUUCUUACGUAUUAAAUCUAUGGAGAGUCUGUUCUAACGUGCACCGAUAUUCACUUGGAUUAUUUCUUAGUCGAGCUAUUUGUUCAUUUUUGGUUUUUGUUCUUACAUAAAAUAUUAUCUUUUAAGCUUUUAUGUUUCUGCUAUCAUUGUUUACAGCGUAAUUAUCCUUUACCAAAAUGCAAUCACUGUGCAUGCUUUUUAUGCUUUUUUCAGCAAAGGGGUUUGUGUGAAAGUCAGCAAAAUAAAAUCUUUCAUUGUCUCA